AUGGGACUACUGCAUACAUUAGAAUUAGAAAAUUUCAAAUCCUAUCGAGGAAGACAAGUCAUUGGUCCCUUCAAAAGAUUCACGGCGAUUAUUGGGCCAAAUGGCUCCGGUAAGUCGAAUCUGAUGGACGCAAUCAGUUUCGUAUUGGGAGAAAAGGCUACGAGUUUACGCGUAAAGAAAUUGGGAGAUCUCAUUCAUGGAGCUCCAGUAGGCAAGCCAGUGUCUAAUCGUUGCUCUGUCACUUUAAAUUACAAAGAAGAUGAUGGACGGAUGAGAAGCUUCACUCGUUCGGUAACCAAUGCCGGUUCUGAGUUCCGUGUAGAUGGAAAGGUCUUCAUUAGUUUGAUUUAUCAACUUCUUUUUGAAACAAUUUCUUUUACGGUAUUCUUCUUUGAAAUUAACCCUAAGGAACGCACAGCUCUAUUCGAAGAAAUCUCGAGGUCCUGUGAACUUCAACCAGAAUACGACCGACUGAAGGCAGAGUUGCAAAAAGCGGAAGACGAUGCCCAACAAAACAUGAACAAGCGACGUGGCAUUGCUCAGGAGAAGCGAGAAGCCAAGUUGGAACGCGAUGAAGCUGAAAAAUAUCAACACAUGAAAGAUGAUUUAGUUAGUGCCGCGAAACAACGACUCCUCUUUCUACUCGAGUUAUUCUAUUGCGAACGUCAUGGUAAAGAAGCUGAGGAAGAACUAAUGCAAAAGAGAAAACAAGUAGCUGAACUGGAAGCCCGAAAGAAUGAGACUGACGAGUUAGUAAAUGAGAAACAGAAACUGGUGAAGAGAGCGCAGCGAGAUACUCAUAGAUUGGAGAAGGAAAUUGGUGACAAGGAGCGAGAGAUCUCACACCAGCGCCCACUAUAUGUCCAAGUGAAGCAGGAAGCACUGCAUGUGAAAACGAAACUGGAAACCAGUAAUAAAACAUUGAACGCUGCCCAGAAACUAGCUGAGAAAAAUGAAGAGCAAGUGGAGAUGCUUGAGAAAUCGGCUAAGGAACUAGAAAAGAAAAAAGAGGAAUAUGAGGCUGAACUCGAGUCACAAAGUCAAGAACUGGAUCUGCAUCUAAACGAACAACAGAUAAAUGAGUAUGUUUCUCUGAAACGCGAAGCUGGCAAAAAAUCGGGAAUAAUGGACAUGCAACUGAACUCCAUGAGACAAGAACAUGAAACUGAUAGGAGUUCUAAAGUGAAUGAGGAGCGUCGUAUGAAGGCUUGGCAAGAAAAGAUAAAAAACAAGAAACAGGAAAUUGAACGGCUCAAAAAGCAGAUAGAAUAUCUUGCUGAGAACACUGAACAACAGAAGGUGGUUCUCAAUAGUGAGAAGGCGAGCCUGGUAACAAUGGAAAAACAAGUCAAAGAAAGCAAGGAGAAGUUGGAGAAGGUGUCCAUUGAGUUAAAUGAAGUUAACAAACAGCUUUCGGAUGCAUCAGGUGAUUCUGCGGAAUCUGAAAGAGUACGGCGACGCAACGAAGCUAUUGAGAAUCUCAAACGUGUAUUCCCGGAGAAGAUUCAUGGUCGACUCGUGGAUCUCUGCCAACCAAGCCAUAAGCGUUUUCAUUUGGCUGUAACAAAAGUGCUGCAAAAACACAUGAUGAGUAUUGUUUGCGACUCGGAGGAGACUGCAAGGGAUGCUAUUAUGUACCUGAAGGUGAUAUUACUUGUCAUCUCAUCACUUUUUAAUUAUAAGUGCUAUUUGAUGUCUUAUUAUAAUUAUCGUGCCGCUAACUACCCGCUAUUUUGUGAGCAACGCUAUCCCCCCGAAACUUUUCUACCUCAUCAUGGCCUUGACGUGCAUCCUAUUAAUGAGAAACUGCGGGAAUUGACAUACCCGAAAGGAGUGAAACUAGUCUAUGACGUUAUUCAAUGUAACCAUCCAGCUGCAAGGAAAGCUUUGCAAUUUGCGUGUGGUAAUGCUCUUAUAUGUGAAACGGCAGAGGACGCAAGAACACUUGCGUAUGGAAGUGCCGGAGGCGAUAGGUACAAAGCUGUUUCUUUGGAUGGUACUAUGUUUCAACAGAGCGGCGUGAUAGGAGGUGGUAGCCACGAACUGAAAAUACGUGCAAAAAAAUGGGACGAGAACGCUCUAAGACAAUUACGUGAACGCCGUGCGCAACUUGUGGAGGAGAGCAACACAUUACAUAGAACUCGGAGGAAGGAAUUGGAUGUCGAAAUGCAGAGAAACAAGCUCACGUCCGUAGAAUAUCGCCUUCGAAAUAUGCAGCUCGAGAAGACCAAGUGUGAAACUGACACUCUCAAUAAGCUAACAUUUGAGCUCGAAUCGCUUGAAUCCGAGCUCAGUGUUAUUCCUCCUAAAAUCGAAGAAAUACAAGAACGCAUGAUAGAACGAGAAAGAGAGAUAAAGAAACUGGAAGAGAAGAGUAAUGCUGUUGCUGAUGACGUCUUUGCCAAUUUUUGUUGCAAAGUUGGGAUCAAAAAUAUUCGUGAAUACGAGGAACGCGAAAUGAGAUUUCAUCAGGAAAAAAUUGGUCGAAUGCGAGAGUUUGACAACGAACUUGAUCGCAUCCGUAAUGAAAUUGAGUACCUGCGUUCUGAGGAUAGAAACAAGAAGGUGAAGCAGGAAGUCGAUAAGGUGAAAAAUCUCGAGAAAGAAUUGGAUAUAUUGAAGAAGAAAGAAACAAAGGAAGGUAAUAUUCUGAGUCGUUUGGAAAAGGAUAUGGAGGAGUUGAAAGUUGGAGCUAUGGAGAUGAAAACCGAACAAGAACAAUAUGAAUCCGAGCUUGCCGCUGUGAAGAAGGAAGCUCAGGUUGCCCAACGUGAUGUGACAAGUGCUGAAAAGGCAGUGUUGGCUUUAGAAAGCGUAGUUAAUAGGAAACAGGCUGAUAGACAUGCUUUAUUACAUGCAGCAAAGAUAAAUCAGGUCCAGGUCCCGUUGGUAUCAGGAAGCUUAGCUGAUGUCGACGCCGAAGAAGAAGAAGAUGGGGACGGAACUCAGCCUUCGAAUUCCAUCAAUCUUUCGCAGGAACAACUUGAACGGGAGUCAAAAAUAAAAGUCAAUUACAGACAAUUGCCAGAAAAUUUAAAAGAAUUAAAAGACGAAGAAGAAGUUAGGAGACACGUGGAACGGAUGAAUAAGGAAAUAAACGAGGCUCAGGCGACUUUAUCACGUCUAAGUGCACCUAACCUUAAAGCAAGUCAGAGGAUGGAAGAAGUGAAGGAACGUGAAGCCGAAACAACGGAGGAGUGCGAGAUAGCACGUAAAAAGGCGAGAAAAAUCCGUGGGUAUUUUGAAAAAGUAAAAAGUGAACGUUAUCGCAAGUUUCAAGAGUGUUUUGAACCUGUGAGCCAAAAGAUCGAUGAGAUUUACAAGGUAUUCUUACUUUUGAGACGUCUUGAUAAGCAGCGAGAAAUGCAGGGUAUAUUUCAGUCUCUAUCACGAAAUGCUAGUGCACAAGCUUUUCUUGGCGCGGAUAAUAUGGAGGAACCGUAUUUGGAGGGUAUUCAGUAUAACUGCGUUGCACCUGGCAAGCGAUUCCGACCAAUGGAUAAUCUUUCUGGAGGGGAGAAGACAGUUGCAGCUUUGGCACUUCUUUUCGCAAUGCAUGCACGGAAUCCGUCUCCAUUCUUUGUUCUCGACGAGAUUGACGCCGCACUCGACAAUACAAAUAUAGGAAAGGUAUCGUCCUUUAUAUGUGAAUCUGCACGAAAUGAGAUGCAAAUCAUCAUUAUCUCGUUGAAAGAAGAAUUCUACAACAAAGCAGACGCCUUAAUUGGAAUUUUUCCUGAGCCGUCCGCCUGCUCUUCAUCCGGUGUGCUCACAUUCGACCUUACACCAUAUAAGCAGACAGGUGCCAACGACUCGAAUGUAGGCAUGGAAGAAACUAUUGUUCUCAACCCGUGA